AUGGCGACGGAGGUUGUGGAGAUGUCUCCGCCGGAAGCGACGGCGAGUCUUCUCGAUCUCGCUUCCGCUACUCAGCAACCGUACGUCUCCGAGCUCCUCUCCUUUACUCUUGAUCGUCUCCACAAGGAGCCGGAGCUGCUUCGAGUUGAUGCGGAGCGGAUUCAGAGGCAAAUGCAAGAGGUGGCUGUUGGAAAUUACCGUGCGUUUAUCACAGCUGCUGAUGCUUUGCUUGCCAUCCGGCAGGAAGUAUCCUCCAUUGAUAAGCAUCUCGAGUCUCUGAUUGGCGAAGUCCCAAAACUAACGUCUGGUUGCACAGAAUUUAUCGAAUCUGCUGAGAAUAUUCUAGAGAAGAGGAAGAUGAACCAAGCUUUGCUGGCCAAUCACAGCACUCUUCUUGACUUGCUUGAGAUUCCUCAGCUUAUGGACACUUGUGUGAGAAACGGAAAUUUUGAUGAAGCUCUUGACCUGGAAGCAUUUGUAUCGAAACUUGCAACCAUGCAUCCCAAAUUGCCUGUUAUCCAAGCACUUGCAGUAGAGGUUAGACAAACAACUCAGUCACUUCUCUCACAGCUACUCCAGAAACUACGCUCAAACAUACAGGUGCCUGAAUGUCUCCGGAUUAUUGGAUACUUACGCCGAAUAGGAGUCUUUGGCGAGUAUGAAAUGAGGUUGCAGUUCUUAAGAUGCCGAGAGGCAUGGCUUACCGGAAUUCUUGAGGAUCUAGACCAGAAAAAUGCCUAUGAGUAUUUGAAAGGAAUGAUAACCUGUCACAGAACGCACCUAUUUGAUGUGUACUGUGCUGUGGGGCUUGGUUGGGUUGGGCUAGACUUUCGGGGUUUGCUUCCUCCACUUUUUGAAGAGGCGGUUCUAAACUUAUUCUCCAAGAACAUGAGCACGGCAGUUGAGAAUUUUCAGUUAGUUUUGGAUUCACAUCGAUGGGUUCCAUUACCAUCUGUUGGCUUCCCUUCAAGUGGUAUUAAUGAAGAUAGCAAAGAUGAUGUCACACCUCCAUCAUUCUUAAUGGAGCACCCGCCUCUUGCAGUUUUCAUAAACGGUGUAUCAGCUGCUUUUAAUGAACUACGUCCUUGUGCCCCGCUAAGUCUGAAGAAUGUUAUUGCUCUUGAAUUGAUCAAAGGACUUCAGGCUGUCUCGGACUCCUUACUAAGAUACAACACAACUCGGAUGCUUCGACUCAACGAAUCCAAUCUCUUCCUCUCACUUUGCCGAACUUUUGUCGAGAUGGUUUUUCCACAUUGCGCCACAUGCUUCGGCCGGUGUUAUCCGGGUGGUGCCACUAUCGUUAUGGAUGCUAAGAACGUAUACGACGGUCUCGGUCGCAUCUUAGCAGCUUCGUCCUCUCCAGAACCAUCCAACAAAUUAGCAAAGACCAUCAGCACCGACGCAAAGAAUGCACCAGAAAACGGUGAUGUUACCUCCCAAGUCGAAGAAAAACAAGUCGAGAGUCCUCCGGACGAGAAAGAAGAGAACAGUUCCAUUCCUUUGCAGAUUCCUGAGACAACAACACCAACCGAGUCUUGA